AUGGAACACAACAGGCAGAAGAAAGAUCCAUCAUGCAACAAGAAAGUAGCCUCUUCUCAUCCUUACGAAACAGCAAACUGGCUCACCCGUGCAACUCUGGGUUGGAUGAACUCCAUACUGCGGCUUGGCAGCAAAAGACCUCUGGUAAAAGAAGACAUUUUCCCUGUUCGUACAGAAGAUAGUAUGGAGUAUCUUGCUGGCAAACUGAAGAGCGAGUGGCAACAUGAAAUUAACAGUUGCCUACCAAGUGAUCGUAAACCUCGUUUGUGGAGAGCAUUUACUCGAAUGUUUUCGUGGAAGGCAUACACCUUGAUGUUUGUUUUAGUUCUGUGUCGUUUCUUGUGUACAAUUUUACUGCCGACGCUAAUGUGGUUUUUUCUGUCGGAGUUUGUGAGGGAAUCACAAGGUGACGCUUCAAUGUCUUCAUAUGUGUUCGUUACUGGAAUAAUUAUUUUAGCUCUUUUUAAAGGAUUCUCCAAGAAUCACUCAGCUUCGAUGGCAGAGAUUUGGAGCAAUCGACUUAAAGUGUCCUGCAUUGGCCUUAUCUACGAAAAGGUGAUAGUUCUCCCUUUAUAUCGUUUCAAAAAAGGGUGCCUUCCUUAAUUUGGGGUGAAGAUAUCUCUCUGGUCAUGUUGUAUCAAAAUAACAGUUAAAGUUCUUCUGGUCAGGGACUCGCCAGUACCUUUGAUCUAACAUGAUCCGAGUGAUUCUGGAUCAUAAAUCUUGCCGAGCCGAAUCAGACUACACGGCAGACGUUUCUAGACGGCAGGCAUUUUAGAGGAGAGGAAAGCGAAAAUAAAGUGAACAAGAUCGCGAGGAAGUGCACCCAUCCCGUUCUCGCUUUCCUUAUUCCCCCUUUUCUUUUCUUUGCCACGCAGGCAGAUCCGUGUCAUCCCAAAGGAACGAACUUUUUGGCGUUUGAUUGGCAAAGUAAAGGGGGAUUUGAGACAAGCGAGAAUGAGACAGGCGUCCGGUUCUCUCUGCGCACUUCAUUUUCCCAGGUCCUCUCCUCUACAAACGCCUGGCGUGCCAUUCAGACUGAUCCGGAGCACGAUUUACAAUCCGCAUUAUUACCCCUAUCCUGGUUCAUCCAAGUUACCGACGAUUCCUUGCAAUUCCUUUGAUUCACCAUGAUCGGGGCGAUCUUGCUUCAUAAGUCCUGAUUUGGAUCAUUCCAAUGGAAUACACCCAAAGAUUACAAGAUAGAGUUUUUCUUUCAUGUAUUUCAGUUGACAGUGUUUAAAUUGUGAGGGUAAUACAUGUGUCUUUCUGAUCUUGAGUCAGAGAAUUUGGAUCAAACCAAUUACUACCCAGUGUAUUCAAUUAGUACCCAGUAAAUAGUGUAACACUGCCACUGCUAGUGGUGGGAGUUCAUUUGAGGACGUUCGUAGCACUUGCAUAUUUAAUAAAUUAAAGGGGCUAUAUCACGAGGAUAUUCAGCUGUUUUAGGACAAUUUUUUUGUGCUGAAUUCAUUUCUUGGUGCCUUUACCCAUUCACAAAAUACUCUUCAGUGUAGAGUUAUGAAGAACAAAUCAUAGAAAUUUCAUCGGCAAGCACUAAUCACAUUAAUUUUUUGGUGAGUUUUGGAGGCAUAGCAUUAAAACUUGAAAAAGGUGGCAAAACUUUUUCAUGUUGUAAUCCAUCCCCAUCCUUGCCACCUAUUGCAACAGAUGACAGAAAACAGUUUUAAUGCCUACAUAUAGUCUUAAAAAACAAAUACGGGCCAUUAUUUUACAAAUUGAAUUGAUGCGAAAAAAGGUUUUAGCUUUUUGAAAAUAAAUAAAGUGAGAUGGCCCUUAACUUUCACUAACAAAAAUUUGGCCGAUUAAUGCGCCUGUUCUUUUUAUAAACGCAGAUCCUGAAAGAACUUAAACGAAGUGAUGUUCAGAAGAUAAUCACUGGCAAGACAAUCAACCUCGUAACAAACGACGCUCAGAAACUGGAGAAACUCGUAUUUGGGCUACACUAUACCCUUCCUGCUCCAUUCUAUAUUUUGGGUUCAGUUGUUGUUCUUUUGGUCCUAAUUGGGUGGAGAGCUUUAGUAGGCAUGUGUGCUUACAUACUUUUACUCAUUUAUAUUUUCACAAUGUCACACAAGAACGGCAAGUUACGCCACAAAACUGCUGUAGCUACGGAUAAAAGAUUGGAGGUGAUGAACGAGAUCAUAUCCGGUAUUCGAGCUGUCAAAAUGUACGCUUGGGAAUGGAGUUUUACAGAAAUAAUUAAACAACUAAGAAGGUAAAUUGAACUGGAUUAAAUAUUAUCUGGGCGAUGUGAAUCACCACAACUCUGUCACUAAUGCAGUAAUUUUCCUCCAGAAACCGUUCCUAUUUUCACUCGCCUCCCCAAUUAGUCGAAUUCCUCACCAAGUAUUCUCCUCUCCUUCCAUAUAACCUGUCUCUAUCUUCUCUUUCAAUAACGUAUCACAAAUUAAACUUACGUCAGUAAAUAAAAUGAUCGUCAUACUUUUGAAACAUGCUGUUACUAUAAAUAAAAGCUUGGAAAAUAAAAGUACAAAGGCGUUCUAAAUGUUUUUCUUUUAAUAACUGACCAUAAUGCUUUCAUUUGUCUUCCAAACAGGAAGGAAAUGUGGUACAUUAGAAUAAGAGGACUUGUUAUAUCCAGCCUGUUGUCGAUGGCUUACACAAUUGCACCUCUCGCUGGGUUCAUCUCUGUUGUCACACUGAUAGAAGCAGGGGAACAAAUCACUGCUUUUAACAUGUUUACCAUUAUUUCAACCUUAAACGUUAUCAAUUUCUCCGUCUCUCUUGCUAUGGGAUACUUUUUGCCUUUGAUGGCUGAAGCAAAUACUGCAAUCACUCGGAUUGAGAAAUUCUUGUUAACACCGACAAACAGUGAGAGACGUAUCACGUUUGCUUCUAGGCGUGGUCCAUGUGGCUUCCUUAGUCUGAGUCUGAAGGAUAUAGCAUCAACUGUGAGGCAAGAGAACAUCAAGGUUGAAAAAGCAAAGUUGAUUUCCUUAUCAAACAAAGGGGGGAUUCUAGGUACUGAGACCAAUGAUCUUAUCCUUCUGAACGUUUCGGCAUCUUGGGACAGACAUGAGCAGAGGAUGGCUUUAAAGGAUGUUUCCUUUUCUUUGAAGAAUGGGCAAAUGAUGGCUGUGACUGGAUCGGUUGGAAGUGGAAAAUCAUCUCUUUUAAUGGCCAUACUUGGAGAGCUUCCUGCCAUUAAUGGAACAAUAUUGUUUGAUGGAGCAGUUGCUUAUGUACCACAAAUCCCUUGGGUUUUCUCAGGAACUAUAAGAGAUAAUGUUUUGUUCGGAAGACGUUUUGAUGAAGCUAGAUAUCAUGAAAUACUUGACAUUUGUUGUAUGCAAACCGAUUUGAAACACUUCUCUUUUGGUGACUUAACAGAAAUAGGGAGCCGUGGUGUAAGCCUAAGUGGUGGUCAACGGGUCCGUGUCAGUUUAGCACGUGCACUGUAUUCAGACGCUGAUCUUUAUCUAUUGGACGAUCCUCUUAGCGCAGUGGACGCCAAAGUCGGAAAAAGUCUGUUUGAAAGGUGUAUUUGUGGAUUUUUGUCCGGUAAAACCCGUGUUUUCGUUACUCACCAAUUGCACUAUUUAACAGAACUAAAUAACGUCAUUGUGCUAAGUAAUGGUGUCCUGGUGAAAGGAAAAACUAGCUUUUUAAAGGAAGGCUCCAAUACCUGCAAUUCUAGACGGUGCGAUGCCAAUAUACCUGGAAAUUUAGAGGGAGAUAAUUCGGAACGGUCAUUAGAGAACUUACUCACUACUGAGGGAAAUCAAGAUUUGAAGGAAGAUGAGGAAGACAGAAACACUGGUUCCAUAACUUGGAAGCUCUACUGGAAGUACUUCAGGACAGCGUAUUCUGCUCCUGUAAUACUCUGCCUUUUCCUGUUUAUUCUUGGAGUGAAAGGUAACUAUAAACUAUAUUUACAGGAUUUUUCCAAGAAUAAUAUCUUGGCUUUUUUUUCCUUAAAAAUAUGGUGUUAUAGACAUGGUUCACCUACUGCCAAGGAACGUCGGAAUUUUAGGCGUAGUUGGGAAGAGCGCGGCGCGGCGACAUGGUGAGAAGAAAAAGUUGAAUUUAAAUCAUGGUCAAGAGUUAAAACAGUGGGAUCAUUUAAACUAAAGUAAAAAUCUUUUAAUAAAUUUGGCACGCUAAGUUUUGUUACUUGGGAGGGACAAUGUCCUAGUGCUCUUUGUUCCAUCGUUUACGUUCUUGUAGAAGCUUUACUUGAAAUAUAUAACCAGGUUCAGGAAGAUAGCCUCCUAGAUUGGCCUAAUUUGAUAGGGACAACAACUCUGGUUCAUUUUGUUAAGUCGGUUUUUUGUUCUUUUUUUAAAGUGUUAUUGAUGAUGUCUCACUGGUGGGCAUCACAGGUCGCAGAAAUGACCCAAGAGCAACAGAGAUCAUCAAGGACACUGAAAAUUUAUGGAGCCUUGAUCAGCUCAUCCCUUGUGGCCAACUUUAUUUGCUCGUAUCUUUUUUAUUGGACGCUCCUUAAAGCUUCGGAGAGACUACACAACAAGAUGGUGGUCUCAGUCGUAAAGGCACCACUGAUUUACUUUGACAAAACUCCUGUAGGACGCACUUUAAAUCGAUUUUCCAAAGACAUCGGCAGUAUGGAUGAUGUCCUUACUCCUCAAUUCCUGACGGCUGUGGAAACUGUUUUAUUUGCAACGAGCACUAUACUGCUGCCAGUAGUAGCAAAUAUUUGGCUUAUUUUCAUUGCAGUUCCUCUUGUUUUAGUCGCCUUUUAUUAUGGACGUUACUAUUUGAAGUCAUCCAGGGAAAUCAAGCGGUUGGAGGCUAUCACGUGCAGUCCUGUGUACUCGCACAUUUCUGAGACAGUUGCAGGAUUAGAGAUAAUUCGUUCGGCACAAAAGGAGCAGGAUUUCCUAAGGAAACUAUUCAAGUGCGUAGUAUAAUGCAGUGAUAAUAAUUAUUCAUGUACAGGCCGUUCAACUAAAUUCUUGUUUUAUAAGUCAUCCUACCACAAGCGCAAAGAUCAUUUUAAAGAGAUUGGUUCCAGUUACAGGGACCUUUAUAGUCACAAAAGCACCCAAUUUGGCAAACAACUCCUUCUGAAAUAAUACCAACAAAUCUAGAACUUACGCAGCCCUCUUUCACACCCACUCGUCAACUUAAGUAACUGACUUUAUGCUACUUGACGUACGGUCCUGCUUGCGCUCUAUCGGUUUAAUACAGUUUUCAGUCAGUCCUACGUGGCUUGGAUAACCUGGUUGGUCAUUAUGAAGGAAAUCUAGACGCUUACUUUGUAAAGAGCUUUGUUUGAAUGGUUGGAGGCGGCUAAGGGCAUGCAAGUGGUAUGUCGAUACACCCCAACGAGUAGAUAAUAUGCCCAAACAUAACAGAAGCAUAGCUACUUCAUAUCCGCCAUUAUUAUUCAUUUAAUAAAUUUCUUCGUUUCUGAUUGGCUAAAAUCCCACGCAACAGAGAAUUUAUCACAACCAGCUUUCGUCGACCAAAUUUCGAAGAAUUUUGUGAUAUAUGAAAAAUGAGGUCAAUCGUGUAGCAAAUUGCCAGAUUAUGGAACCGUUAACUGAGAAAACGGACGAGGUGGAGUUGUUUUGGCAGAGAGUAAAAAAAAAUGGCGGAAAAUUUCACUCGUUUCACGAGAGGAAUAAAUAGGCGAACUAUUUGCUAGCAAGAACAGCAAGAAGACAACUCGACGGACGACAUGUACAUCUGCUGUUUGGAGAAUAUUUGCGGAGCCGAACAACCCUAUAUCUCCUAAACUUGCCGAUUAACAUGCGCUAUCGAAGAUGAACUUAACAUCGAUGGAGGUAAGCAUGUUUAACCUUGUCUUUAAACUAGGCCUCGUUGGAUAACACCCUCCUCGAUCUAUAUAAUUCUUCAGAUGAUACUCAGCCUCAUUAAAAAAUUGUUAAUUAUUAGGAAAUUGAGUAAGCGUUUUACCAGACUUUUGCAUACCGUAUACCAAUCCUCCUAGUCCUGCAGUACUUACCAAAACUUAGGGGCACACAACGAGAAUAUAGUUCAAAACCAUUUAAUUAAAGCAUUGUUAAACGUAUUUUAGUGUUUAAACGGUAGAUAUAGGCAGAUUUUCAUCUCCUAAAAAUUCUUCAUCUGUUCGGAUUUCCUAGCGGAAAGUUUAGUGAUCCGAAAAUUAUAGGUGACCUUUUUAGGGUAAAAAUACGUUAAAAAUAGCCAAUUAUACCAUUUUUAAGAUGUUCGAAAAUCCUAGGAGAGGGAGGCAAGCAGGAAAUUUUGCAACAAAUGUUCCGAAAAUCCUAGAUCUCAAAUCGUCUUCCGCGAACAGAUAUUUUCCGAAAAUUGACGUUGGGUGCCCCUGAAAACUGAUCAUCACACUUGGUGGUUCUCUAGAAUUUAUCCGAGCUUCCAGUGGAUCAUCUUGAGUCGCAUUUAGGAUCGUUACUUUCUGAUCAAUACCAGAACUUGCUUCCGUUCAAAGCAACAGUUUUCGUUUCCCAAUUCCUACCUGAAAGUUAUCGAGUUUUAUUGUUGCAGGUUUGAAAGGUGCUGUAAAGAAGUCGGUGUUUGUAAACAUCAUUUAUGACCUUCUUUUUUCAUUUUUAUUGUUAGUUACCAGGAUGAGAACACGUCAGCCUUAAUGAUGGUGAUAACCAGUUCCCAGUGGCUUGCUCUUCGUAUGACCCUUCUAUGUAGCUUGAUGGUUGCUGCUGCAGGUGUUGGAGCUGUCCUUGUUGCCCAAAGCCCAGGUUUGUUUUCUUGGGAACACCCACCAUGGGUGAAUCCAGAAAAUUCAGAAAUGGGGUAACCGGGACACUUAAUAGCUCUAUUCAACUAGAUAGAAUACAAAGGAAAAAAAGGGUGGCGGCCCCCUCGGCCAACCCUUAAAUCUGCCCAUGCCGAGACCAAAAUGACCCUUUUUCCUUUUAAAGGCCAACAUCGUCUCCGUUGAAAAACGGACUCUAGGCUAGGAAAAAAGUUGUUUUGUAGCAUGCAUUGCAGUGCUGAUAGCCAUAUCUUUCUCUCUUUUCUUAGCUGCCUUUCAAUUCUCCGUGUGGCUUGGGCGUUUCGCGGCGGAGCCUGAUUUCGACUCUCUUGCGAAACGUUCUUAGCGCCAGGGAGUGUAGAGACGGCUGUAUUCGCCGGCUAGUAACCCUAUUAUCAUGGCAAAACUUCCCAGAGUCGUCUGUCCGACCAUGGUCUGCGUCACAGACUUAUAACGUAUGCGAAGUAGCGCCGAGAUCCUUGUUCUUAGGCCCCAACAGACUCAACGAAAUACCGGAGGAGCGAUAAGAAUUUCCUUUCAACUUGAUUAGCAAAUCGACAACGGCUUUUUUAACAGGCCAAUCUUGGCGGGUACUCAAAACCUUAUACACAUGUUGGAGCUCAGAACAAGGACUCUGGCGCUGUUCUGCAGACGAACUUAGCCAGAGUAGUUUCUUCGUUGGCGUAGUUUAUUUGAUCAGAGCCAUAUAUAUUAUUUCCCUUCAGCCCUUGCAGGGUUGUCUCUUACGUUUCUGUUGGAAGCCGUGGAUGAAGUCUCAUUUAGCAUCAGAAUAAGUUCUGAAGUGGAAAAUCUCAUGACUUCGGUAGAAAGAGUAAUAACGUACAGUAACUUGGACGAAGAGGCCGGUUAUAAUACAGAGAUCCAGCCACCGGAUUCAUGGCCCACAAAGGGGACGAUCGACAUCAAGGACUUGUCUUUCAGGUACACCGAAAGUGGGCCACGAGUUCUGAAGGACAUAAAUUUGUUUAUUUCUGACAAAGAAAAAAUAGGAGUCGUUGGUCGAACAGGAGCUGGGAAAUCAUCACUCGUCGCAUCAUUACUGCGCAUGCCUGAUCCAGAAGGAAAGGUAGUGCAAUAUCUUCAUGUCAACACUGACUUGAUUAUUAAUAGGUUUUAAAUAGGUGAUUAUUAGAAGCUUGGAAAACAAGGCAAAGAGACAUUUUCAGUCUCAAAAUUGCAAAGACACUUUGAUUUAGUUGGCGCGACAAAAAGCCUUGCGGCUCUGAGUUAAGUGUGUUAAGACUUCUGUCAUGAACUAUUGUAAACACGAGGGUGAGUGUUUCAAAGGGUUUCCAGACAACGGGAAAAGUUUAACUAGCCACGUCUUUCUAAAAUGGACUUUGAUUUUUCCUUUUAAAUUAUAAUAAAUCAUAAAGGGAUCGAUAAAUCCAGAACAGUCCAAAUCAAAAUUUGCUGUUUUUUCUUGGUUAAAAAGGUAAUAUGAAAUAGAUUUCCUUUUUUCUUUCUUAGUUAUUAAUGAGCGCUAAAAUUAAAGUGGACAAGAUAAUAUUAACGCUGAUAACGCGAUAAACAAGGCGUCUCACUGAAUGACAGAGACGUUGGCGCGUAUUGCCUUCACAAGAAUGAUCCCGCUGCAACUUGAAUUAAUCAUGGGAUCAUUAUGGCUAAAUAAAGCAAUGACCCAUACAUACCUAAAGAAGGGCACGCAUGACCAACAAAAGUAAAAAUAAACAAUGACAUCUGUUACAUUAUCGCAUUUAAUUGACUAACCAUUAAUUUUACUUUGUCUAAGCACAGCAAUUGUGACAAUUACUAUUAAAACCAAUUACAUAACCCCCACUGUCAGCAACAAGCAAUUAGCUUUAUUGAUGUCUUGUGUUUAAGGAAAAGAUUCAUCAAUGUAAAUUCGAGUAGCUUUACGUUUCAAAUUAGUUUUUUGCGUUAAGACGUUAAAUUCCUCAGAUUUUUAGUUGAGUCUUCGCUUGCGUCGCCUUUUUAACAGCAUCGAUCUAAAAAUAAAAAAAACUUGUCAAAUCGGUUCUACUAGGCACAACGCAGCAAUAGAAAGAUACAUAAUCGCAAUGAGAUACCUCUUCAUGACUUCAUGUGCGUUAGUGCAUUCAUGCUCCUAUAAUGAGAUACCUACCCCUCCCCCCAAUUAAAAAGGCUUAAAACACCCCUACUAUACUACUAUGCGCCCUCAAAAGUUAUGAUCAAAAUGGUUUUAUCUUGAUUAGGUGUUCGUCGAUGGUGUCGAUAUUGGGGGCAUCGACCUUCAAUCAGCUCGUCGAUGUAUGGCUGUUAUCGCCCAAGAUCCAGUCCUGUUUGGAGGCAUCCUGAGAAGAAACAUUGACCCAUUCUCUAGAUUCACGGACACAGAGCUUUGGAACGCCCUCGAAGACGUGCAGCUAAAAGGAAUGGUAGAGGAACUUCCUGGGCAGCUGAACUUCCAGUUAAAAGAAUCAGGAUCGAACUUCAGUGUCGGAGAGAGGCAGUUGGUGUGUCUUGCCCGUGCAUUGGUGCAAAGAAGCAAGAUCAUUAUAAUGGAUGAGGCCACAGCUAAUGUGGACUUCAAGACUGAUCAUCUCAUCCAGGAAGUCAUUCGUCACAAGUUUAAUGAUUCCACAGUGCUAACCAUUGCCCAUCGACUCGACACAAUUAUGGAUUACGAUAAGGUUUUGGUUCUUGAUGGUGGACGCGUUAUGGAGUUUGAGAAGCCUGACGUCCUAAUUAGAAAAGGUGGACUGUUUGCAGAUUUGGUGAAAAACGCAAGUGAAUCGAAAAGUCGGAAUCUUUAACGGAAAUUUUACUUGCUAUCAGCAGCCGGUCAAGCUAUUCUCCAUCACAGAGAAAGGCUUUACACUCAAUACAUGGCAAAAUUAAGUCAACACAGAUUUUAUCUGUGUGUCAUACUCAGGCAUACCCCAGGCCACUGAGUUAGAGAAUCAAGUGUCAUGUUGCGUUGAUUGACAUUAGCUGUUAUCUCUGGGUUGUUGUUAAAAUUGUUUUUCAUCAUUUGUUAAAAUCAAAAUCUAGUACGUUAUUUUACUCAGCAUACAAAGCGUUGUAAGAUUCUCAAAGGCGCCCAUGCGGUGAAUCAAAUUAUGCCAGUUUUAUGAAUUAGAAAGUACGUCUUUGACGACAUAUGGCAUGAAGCGUGAUUA